AUGUAUAUGCGGGUAAUUACAGGAUUGAAUGAAAAAAUUCGUGGGUCUUUAUUUCGAAGAAAAAUUAGUGGUCCCACUCCUCUCUACAAAACACCUCUUCGAUAUAUUUGGUUCAUUUUUUUCUACAUAGACAUAAUAUUGUUAUAUAUAUUCAUUUUUUCAUCUUUUUUUUCAAUAAUAUUGCGUCAAGAGUGUUUUGACAUUUACCCCAUUUUUUUUUUCACUGCGGCUAAUUUGGUUUCCAGCUUAUUCAUCGAUUUUUUUUUUACAUUGAUAAAAGGCGAAGAAGUUGUAAGCGAGGAUGAGAUUAUCAUAUCGACAUUUUUGACGAUAAUGUUUUGCAGUGUUAAGGUCGCUACAAAUGUAUGCACAUUUUAUUUUUCCCUUAUGAUGUCCGGGAAAAUUAUAGAAUCAACCAAUGCAAAUAUCAAGACAAGAUGCCACACUUCUGUAGCAAAAUGGCUUUUGCUAAUUUGUAUAAUAAUAAACUCUUUCUCAAUUCUUGAAACGUAUGUUGAGUCCAUUUUGACUUUUUUCUCCAUAAUUCACUUUAAAAAGCAAGUGCAAAAUUAUGAAACGAUUGUUUAG